AUGUAUGGGGUAAUAGCAACUUGCUUGGUCGAUGAUGAAGUUAAGGCUGAAGAUUUCAUCAAUGAUGUUACUUAUACUAUUUACUUUAAUAAGGCCGAGUGUGAGGCGAGGUAUACUAUUAUUCCGAGCAGUUAUGACAUUGUUGAUCAGAGGCCUGAAACUGAAAGGGCAGCACCGGACGACUCUCUGGUGAAGGGCAGCACCGGACGGUUGACACUAGCAGCAUCGGACGGAAUGGAUCCAUCCACUCACCGUGAUGCUUACUUUACAAAUCUUCUAAAUAACAAUGAUUCUUUGAUGAGUGCUACAAAUGAACAAGAAUUGUCUCCACCCCAAGUUGAGGUUAUUGAAAUUGAACCGAGUGGACGAAAAAUACAACGGGGUAAUAAUUUUAGUAAUGAGGAAGAUUUGUUGCUUGUGGAGGGAUGGCUUGAAACUUCCUUAGAUGCGGUACAAGGAAAAGAUCAAAAGCACACGAUGCUAUGGAAAAGAAUUCAUAAGUAUUUUGAGGAAAACAAGAAAUUUGACCGUUUACGCAACUACACAUCUCUAAUGAAUCGGUGGUCGACGAUUCAACAAGCUACAAAUAAGUUUUGUGGUUACUUGGCUCAAGUCGAAGGAAUGCAUCCAAGUGGGUUUAACGAGCAAGACAAGAUUGGGAAGGCAAAGGUAAUGUUCUUGGAGUUAGAGAAGAAGUCUUUUAACUUUGAUCAUUGUUGGCGGGUGUUAAGAUUCCAUCCAAAGUGGGUGGAACAUAUGGACAUGGUGAAGCCGAAGAAGAAACCAAGUUCACAUGAUUCGACACCAAAUUCAAUAAAUCUAGGCGAAGAUGAGGAUUUUCAUGUUGCAUCUUCAAAUUUGGAACGACCAAUAGGUCGUAAAGCAGAAAAAGAGAAACGAAAGAGAAAAGAAAUGACAAACUCUGACUCUCUUGUGGUACUAAAUGAGAUGGCGGAAAUUAGAAAGAGUAAACUUGUGCUAAUGCAAGAAGCACGUGAUCAUGACAAUAAAAUGUUGUGUCUUAGGCAAGAGGAAGUGAGUCUUAAGCAAGACGAAUUACGUAUUCAAAAAGAGAAGGUGCUACUUCAACAAGUGAAAACACGUCUUGAAGAAAAGAAAGAAGAUGAAAGAAUUAUGACAUUAAAUACAAGUGCCAUGCCUCCAAUGCUACAACAAUAUUAUCUUCAACGACAAAUGGAAAUACUUGCAAGUCGUGCUGGGAAAAACUAG